AUGCGACUGCAAUCGUUCAGGUUCACCGUAAUACACAUCCCCGGCAAAGUGAACAUUGCCGACCCGCUGUCGAGACUGCCGGCCUACACGAAGUGCAAGACGUACGAUCAGUUCGGCGAGGAAGCGGUUCUUGCGAUCACACAAAAGGCGGUGCCUACUGCUCUGACAACGGAGGAAAUCGCAAGCAACACAGUGGCUGAUGUGGUGUUGUCAAGGGUGAAGGAGGCUCUCAAGACAGGUCGCUGGAAUGAAGAAGUGAAGAAGUUUGCGCCGUUCAAAGAAGAGCUCUAUCGCUGCAAGGAAAUCCUGCUUCGAGGAGAACGCCUCGUAAUCCCCCAGAGCCUCCAAAAGCGCACGUUCAAAGAAGAGCUCUAUUGCUGCAAGGAAAUCCUGCUUCGAGGAGAACGCCUCGUAAUCCCCCAGAGCCUCCAAAAGCGCACUUUGGCGCUUGCCCACAUUGGACACCCGGGGAUAGAACGAUCCAAGCAACGACUUCGCUCCAAAGUGUGGUGGCCAGAGAUCGACAAAGACGUGGAGCAGGCGGUUCGAAAGUGCUUGGAUUGCCAGAUUGUGGGGAGAAUGGCACCACCAGAACCGAUGGCCGUACGACAGCUUCUAUCUAGUCCAUGGGAGUUCCUGAGCAUGGACAUGCUGGGCCCGCUGCCGACCGGUGAGUCGCUGUUAGUAAUUAUCGAUUGCUACAGUCGGUUCCGUAUCAUCGAAGUGUUGAAGCAGACCACAUCGGCUGACAUCAUCGGCAAGCUGAGGCCAUUGAUCAUGAGGAUGGGAAUCCCGUCCGUCCUGAUGAACGACAACGCACGGAACUUCACGAGCAACGAGAUGGAAGACUUCUGCAAUUCGCUCGGGAUCAGACAACGACGUACCACGCCCUACUGGCCGCAGGCUAACGGGGAGAUCGAACGCCAGAACAGAUCGAUACUCAAGAUCCUGAAGAUUGCCGAGCUGAACAAAUCGAACUGGAAGAAGGACCUGGAGGAGUUCAACUAUGCCUACGCCUUGAUUCCUCAUCCAGCAACAGGACGUUCACCUGCAGAGCUGACAUUUGGUCGGCAGUUUCGAGACUGGAUUCCACAAUUGUCUGGUCUCGGAAGUCACGAAGAGGAGGUGGAAGACAAGGAUAAGAGCUACAAAUAUCGUGCCAGGUGCCAAGUGGAUGCUACUAGAGGAGCAAGAGAGUCGUCUAUCCAGCUGGGAGAUCAACAGGGAAACUCGGUCGUCGUGGAGACCCCCGAGGGCGUGAAGUACCGGCGAAAUUCGUCGCAUUUGAAGAAGGUGAACACUCCUGACGUGGAGACCGAGGACUUGCAGUGGGCGACGCCAACACAAGGUGAGGAGAUUCCUGAGAAGCAGCCGGAUGCAGAAACGAGCCGAGGCCAAACGUCGACAACUUCGACAAGGUCUGGCCGCCAAAUCAAGCGUCCACUACGGUUCCAGGACUUCAUCGUGGAUGUCGGUACUGGAGGAGAGCAAAGAACCAGGAUGUGA